AUGGGUCGCACUGUUGGCCUUGUCCGGGCCGUGUACAUUGCGUGUGUCAGCUGCCUGGGAUCCUUCGCUUUUGCUUUUGAUACUGGCGUAAUCAGCGGUGUCUUAACUCUGGCCUCGUUUGAACGCGACUUUGGAUACACAAAAGCUCAAAAAACCAAUGUCAAUUCCAACGCAGUGUCGAUUCUGCAGGGAGGCGCCUUCUUUGGCUGCUUCAUUAUUUGGCCCGUGACCGCACGCUUCGGUCGACGCGGAGGGCUUAUCGUCAGCGCUAUCAUCUUCUCAAUCGGAACCAUUUUGCAGAUUAUCAACAGUGGAACACUUGGCACAUUCUAUGCCGGUCGGGUGGUUGCCGGGGUUGGUAUUGGAGGCGCCACGGUCUUGAUUCCUGUUUUUGCUGCGGAAAUGUCGCCGAAGGAGAUUCGAGGAAAACUCGGGGCUUGCUUCCAAUUGUUCUUUGCGACAGGGGUCAUGGUUGCAUACUGGGUGACAUACGCUGUUGGAAAGGACCAGCCCAGUGCGACAAAGCAAUGGCAGAUCGCUCUUGGGCUUCAACUAUUACCAUCUAGUUUGUUGCUGUUCGGUAUGCUGACAAUUCCAGAAAGCGCACGUUGGUUAGCCAAGCGAGGUAAAACUGAGAAGGCGCGCCAGUCAUUGAAAUGGGUCCGUGGAGGGGAUGAGACAGAAGAAUUGCAAUCAGAGUUUGAUGAAAUUUUGGCCGGUAUCGAGGAAGAGGCUCGUCUCAAAGAGAAUUUCACAUUCAAAGAGCUGUUACUUCCUGCAAAUCGCUACCGUGUCUUCAUCGCCAUCACAAUCCAACUCUGCGCGCAGCUUACCGGAAAUACGUCUCUGGCCUAUUAUGCAAAUCAAAUAUUCUCCAGCGUUGGGGCCGGAAACUCUGCCAGCCUUGUCACUGGGUUCUUCGGCGUUGUAAAAGUAGUAGGCGUCCUGACGUUUCAGCUACUGAUAUUGGAUAAGAUCGGUGGUCGACGAGCACCAUUCAUGGUUGGUGCCUUUGCCAUGGGCUCGUUCAUGUUGAUCAUUGCAUGCCUUGUCGCAACUCACCCGCCUGGCGCUUCGACAAAUGGCGUGUCUCAUGCUGGUAUAGCUGCAAUUAUCAUGACCUACGCAGAGGCCUUCAGCUUUAACAUGUCCUGGGGGCCUCUUCCCUGGUUGUACGUGGGCGAGAUAUUCUCUAGUCGUACUCGUGAUGUGGGUGUUGCCAUUGGGGCAGCUUCGCAAUGGUUAUUCAACUUCGUCAUGUCGCAGAUCACGCCGCAUGCUCUCGAUAACAUUCACUGGAGGACGUUCUUGAUGUUUGCCAUCUUCAACUACGCCAUUGUUGGCUAUUCGUGGCUCUUCUUACGUGAAACUUCUGGUCGAUCCCUCGAGGAAAUGGAGCAUAUUUUUGGUGUUGAAAAGAAGGAGACUAAAAAUAUUGAAGACUUGACGGAGGAAAAGACCGAACAGAAAUCAAGCGAUGUGAAAUCCUAA